AUGGACUAUCGCAACGGUAUUGCGUCUGUCGAACAUCCAUACGACCACGCCUUGACUUCUCAGCCCGAUAUUGAUUCCUCCCCCCUCGAUUUCGCGCAAAUACCACCGCUCUCCUACCGCCCCGAGACUCCCCCCGAGUCAGUCCAGGUCAUCUCCUCACUCAUCGACUCUCUGAGUAAAAUAUCCGCUUCGUCGUAUUUGAACCAAGAGCCGAGCGCGAACGGCAGUAUACAUAUACCCGGGGACCUGUACAGUCGUUCCAAUUCGACCGAACCACCCAAUGCGGAUGACUUGGACAGGGAGCAGCACGACCCCCCUAUCACCGAUGACAGUAGCGAGGGAGAGGCCGCCGCUGCGCCGGUGAUCAAGUACGCCAGAAGGCCGCCGUUAUUAUCCAAACGUUCGAGUAGAUCGUUCAUCCACUCCCUGAAUAUGUCUUCUCAGACUGCUCUAGCCGCAAGGGAAUCCAUACAGAGCCUGAGAUCGCGUGCAGAGUCCGACAGUGUGGGAGUGCCUAGCAUUGAGAGACGGAAUCGUUCUAGUGCCAGCUCGACCUUCUCAUUUGUGAGUGGUUUGAGUGCCCCUCUCAGGAAACCAACUACCGAGUCAAUGCGCGACACGGCUACAACAAGACCUAUUCCCAGGAGAGUCUCAUCCGACAGACGGCGAAAGACUGAAUCGCUUUACAGCAUAGAUCAGGAGAAGGAGAACAAGUUACCCACUCGCGCAUCAUCCAUUGAUGGCCAUUCAAGCAUAGGAACACAGCUAGACCCACCGCCCUCAGAGAGCCCUACGAUCGCUGCGCUGCGCUUAAGCAGGGGCGACUUAGGAAGCCAUAUGAUACCCUCUCGUCGGUCGUCGCUCAGACGCAGCGUCACAGGUCUUUCGGACGCCCCACAGGACCAGCACAACAGAUACUCUUUUUCUGGCCGUGACCUGAAAGAGCUUAAUAUCGACUCCGAACUGAUCGAAGGCGAUAACUCGACUGUACGGCGGAUCCGGGAACUGCAAGAAGCCCGGGAGAAGCGUCAGAAGGAGUGGCGAAAUGAGGCCAGGAAAUCGGAGCGGGCUGCGAAGAGACACACUAUUGCAACACCUAAAUUGUCAUCACAGCGGUCAAGCCCCUACCAAACUUCGAGGCUUUCUGUCACCGAGGUGGUGGUUGAAUCGCCCGAAGUGGAGAGCCCGCUUGACCUGUCCGCAACAGUCACCGCAUCGGAUCUCGCGGACAUGCCUGCCUUUGUCCCAGAAGGCCCUAAAGAAGAACCGCUGGUCGCCCCGCCUUCUAUGGGCGCUGUCACGUCGAAUCCGCCGAGCGCAGCGCCAUCCCGACGCAACAGUGUCUACCGGAAUUCUGUGACUCAAGGGAAACGGAGUUCUAUCACCCAUACAGCUAAGCAAGAACCCGCACUUGCGGAAAUGAAGUUGAUAACGGACGAGGUUGAGGCUUUUCUCGGUGCCCCGCGGUUUACGCAAAAAAUACGACAUCCUCGUACCGGCCGGACGAUCACCUUUUCAGAAGUGGGAGAUCCAAACGGAUUUGUUGUCUUGUGUUGUGUAGGUAUGGGUUUGACUCGAUACCUCACGGCAUUUUACGACGAACUGGCCAGGACUUUGCGCCUGAGACUGAUCACACCUGACCGACCUGGAGUAGGCGCAAGCUCGCCAUUGCCCGAAACCCAGUGUACACCCCUGAACUGGGUUGACGAUGUAGCUGUUAUAUGCAGUUCUCUAGAGAUCACGAGGUUCUCUCUCCUUGCGCAUUCCGCAGGCGCAAUCUAUGCUCUCGCAACAGCCUUGAAAAUGCCACAAUAUGUACGAGGGCGCAUUCAUCUCCUGGCGCCAUGGAUACCACCUUCCCAGAUGCACAAAGGGGCGACAAUAGGAUCAGACUCGCAACCUAUUGCCAAUCUUCCUUUUACUCACAAGAUCCUCAGCGUUUUGCCAGCACAGAUUCUUAAAGUCGCCAACUCCAGGUUUUUGACCGCGACAAGUGCCUCUGUAGACACGAAGCCGUUGAAGUCGAAAAAGGCCAAGCAGCAACUAGAGAGUAUGGAUGUAACGUAUGACUAUCCCUUCCAAGAUCUCAACGACGACAGUUCAUUCAGAGCCGCCCUUCCUGACUUUGAACCGGAACGACCUCGAACUGGUACGCCGAAUAGAGCACGAGCUCUAUCGUGUUAUCAAGCCAAUAAUGAAACGCAGGGAAUACCAGGACCACCUGUGUCCAGCCCAAAGGCGGAUUCUGUUCGACAGGCAUUUUCGUCUACAAAGGCUUCUGCUGUGACUCCUCGACCCAUGUCACCCCGCCUGAGCACCGAGACACGUCAAGCACUCUACAACCAGACUCUCACACAUCGCAUCUGGACGUUGGCCACUCAAAAUGCGAAUCCCGCCAUCGACCUCCUAGUUUGUCUAGAACGGCGAAGACCUAUCGGGUUUCGAUAUCCCGAAGUAACCAGGUCAGUCGUAAUCCAUCACGGGGCCAAGGACACACGGGUUCCACUUGACAACGUGCGUUGGCUGCACAGUGUGAUGAAGCGAUGCGAAUUACGAAUCCUGGACGGCGAAGGGCACGGCCUAAUGGCAAGCGCCUCCGCCAUGGCCACGGUCCUAGGAGAGAUCGCCAGGGAAUGGGAAGAAUGGGAGAAGAUUGCGCAGGGGAAGGAAAAGAGGAAGAGAAGUGAUGCAGCAUCUACUUUCUCGAGGGGGAGGUCGUUUCACAGUAGAUUUGUGGAUGCCUCGUACCGAGAAGCAGCAUCGCGGGACUCCUGA